AUGCACAAGGACAUUACUAAACCUCACCCCGACGACUCUUCACUAAGUGAAGUACAGUCGAGAAUUUUCAAAUCAUCUAGAUCUAAGAAUGCUUUUCUUCUUGACAUCACCAAGGUCAAAGCUCAAUACACAGACAUUCAGUGUCUGCAAGAGAUCAAGGGCCAACACCCUAAAGUUCAUGCUUGUUCUCUUCUCAACGAUGGACCAACUCAAUAUCUCGAGAUUUAUGUUGAAUCUCAACAUGAUGUCAAUAAUCUUGGCACCAAAGGUGUUGAAUUCAAAAAAUAUAGUCAAAAUAGCACGUACAUCACUGGGUGCAUGUUUUGA